AUGUGUUAUGGUUCGAGUCCCGCUGGGGCUGCUGAUGAGUCCAGUUCAGGCGAAGCCGAGGCUGCAGUCCACUCCUGCCUGAUAAUAAAUAUUCCCGAUAUUGUUCGAGUCAAGCAUUACAAUGGCUGCCUUCGUGCCGACUUGUCCACCCUCAAACCGGUCCCCUGGGCCAGCAAAAUGUGCCCGACAGUCCUGUCCGGAGCCAGGUCGCACUGUCCCACCGGCGAGUUGUCGUCCUGCCCACCGGGACUCAGCUCAGCCGCGGCCGCCAACACGGUUGCCAGGCUAGCCGUCUGUCCGGCUCGGCCGGCGAGCACCAGCCAGACGCCGGUGGCCUUCACGGACGGCGAGGACAUGUACAAGACGAGCAUUCAUGCGCUCUACGAGAAGUUCUUCUUCAGAAUAGACGCCUACUUGCAGGCCGUCGGCAUCGAAGUGCAGGACUACAGCAUCGAGAACGGCGACGCCCAACUUGAGAUGCCGCUGAUGCCGCGAUACGGGCUUGAAGCCGCCGACAUGUACUUUGAAUUCAAACAGGCGGUUCGCGAGAUCGGCUCCGAGUGCGGCAUGGCCGUCUCCUUCAUGACACGACCCCUGGCGGGACGCACCUCCAGCGGAUGCCACUACAACCACUCACUCUGGGACGUCACGACUGGCGAGAAUGCAUUCUACGAUGAAACGAGUGAGUCCGGCACAUCAUCACGCCGACAACGGGGAGGCUAG